UGCGUUUCUCUGGAAGGGUAGAUGGUGUGAUGAGAAAGUGAAAGUAAAAUGUUUUGUUAUUUUGUAUACCGGCGGCGUGGAAUACCCGUUUCGUUAUAGUUACGUGUUGUGCGUCAAAUUUUUAUAUAUUUUAUGAGUUAUUAGAACGGAAAAAACUGAAGUUUAACAAUGGCAAAGAAGUUUUUUCCAAAAUUGUUGACUGUUUAUUGCCAGGAAACACUUAUUCCUUGUUUGAGCCGAGCUACUUUUGCAACAUCUAAUACCAUGCAAAAGCAGACCUGUAAAUUUCUUAUAGCUGGUGGUGGUACAGGUGGUAUUACAAUGGCUUCAAGAAUACUGCGUCUUGGUGAGAAAGAUGUUACAGUAAUCGAACCUUCUGAGAAUCAUUAUUAUCAGCCUUACUGGACUUUAAUUGGAGGACAAAAGAAAAGUCUUCCUGAUUCUUGUCGUCCAACUAGUAGUGUGAUGCCACGUGGUGUGAAUUGGGUAAAAGACAAAAUUGUAGAAAUUGAUCCUUUGUCUAAUUCUGUUUGUACUGCUAAUGGUAGAAAAAUAGAAUAUUCUUAUCUAGUGGUAGCGCUUGGGCUUCAUCUUGCUUUUGAGAAGAUCAAGGGCCUACCUGCAGCUUUUGAGAGCAAAGGCGUUUGUUCUAAUUAUUCAUCACAGACUGUUAGAAAAACAGCUCAAGCACUUGAUGAUUUCGUGAAAGGGAAUGCCAUUUUUACUCAGCCAGUAAAUCCAAUCAAAUGUGCAGGUGCGCCACAAAAGAUAAUGUAUCUGGCUGAAGAAUAUUUUUCAAAGAAGGGAAAGCGGGCUGAUGCCAACAUUAUAUUUAAUACUGCUCUCCCUACAAUCUUUUCCUGUCCAAAAUAUGCUGCUGCUCUUCGAGAAGUUGCAAAGAGCAAGAACAUAACUGUUAAUUAUUUUCACAGUUUAGUUGAAGUGAAAGCUGAUUCUAAGGAAGCUGUAUUUGCAAAACUUAAUGAAAAGGGAAAGACUAUUGGUACAGAAAUAUUUCCAUAUGAAAUGCUACAUGUAGUACCUCCUAUGAUAGCACCAUCUGUGAUUGCUAACAGCCCCCUUGCAGAUCCUACAGGCUUUAUGGAUGUUCAUCAGAACACCUUGCAGUCCAUGAAAUUUCCAAAUGUGUUUGGUAUUGGAGAUUGCAUAAAUGUGCCAACUUCAAAAACUGCUGCAGCUGUUGCGGCCCAGUGUGGAGUAUUGACUAAAAACAUCAAGCAAGUAUUUAAAGGGAAAGAAAUUGAUCACAGAUAUUUUGGUUACACUGCUUGCCCUCUUGUGACAGGGUAUAAUAAAGGCAUUAUGGCUGAAUUUAAUUACAAACUUGAAGCUGUUGAAACAUUGCCAAUCAAUCAAGCAAAAGAGCGUUACAUUUCUUAUUACAUGAAAAAGGAUUUGAUGCCAUUUAUAUAUUGGAACUUAAUGUUAAAGGGAUUGUGGCCAGGGCCUGGACCUGUGAGAAAAUUACUUCAUUUGGGAUUUAGCUCAUAAGAGAUGAACUCGCAACUGUUUUAGUUUGUCUUUUUCGGUUUUCGUAUUCAGAAAUAGACUGCAGAAUUGCUUUGCACAUUCAAAUAAACCACUUGUUAUUUGGAAAUACUGAAAAGAGAAGGAAAGAAACUUACUUUGAGAUAAGUUUUUUUUUUUUUUUUCCUUAUAUGGCGACCUGAUCUUUUCUUUUGUUUUGAUAUACUUUCAUAGCACAACUGAUUAUAAUAAAUCACUAAGUGAAUAUGUUAUUUGGCAUUAAUUUUAAAACUUGCAUUCCUGAAACAAUUUCACUGCUGGGUAUUAAAAGUGCAGUUCCUACAAGAACAAAAAUAAAGAACAAGAACUUUUAAGUUUAUUGUACAUAUUUCUUAUAAUAUAAAGAUAAAAUCAUACAAAUUUCAGGUACGUCUUACAAAUAGAUUGUUGAGCACCAAAUAUAACCACCAUGAGUAACAACAACCACUGCCAAGCAUACAGCCAGAGAUUUUGGGAUAUUGUAGUUCAAGUCGUUGCAGUUUGUUCACAAAACCACAAGCCUUAACAUGCAUGUAAUGCAAUGCUAAUUGGCCAGUGUCAAUUAUGUGUACCACAUGCUAGAGCAUCUUAUGUCCACUUGUAUCCUGAAACUCCUUAUGCUAGCAGGUAUGACAAGAUUAUGAGUGCAUGGGCAUCCACAUAUCUAUCAUACUUCACAUAGAAGCUCAAUUUGCCUGAGAAGUGAAUGUUGCAUCAUUGUAGCUGCAGGCACCUGUGUAGCAUCAUUAAAGAUACGCAAAAUAAUAGCUGCCAUGCAGACAGUCUGUGACCUGAAGGCAAUUUCUCCACAUGUAUGCAACACAUUGCAGAAUAUUGUGAUCUGUUUGAAUGUUUCUUCUAUUUUAAGAAUGUGCUCAGAGCUGGCAAUUACAUCAUUAUGAGUUGGCAUUUUGAGCAUGAGGCCAAUUUUGUAACCAGCUGUUAUAAGCAAACAAGUCCUAAUUUUUAGCAUAUGUACUGAUUUCGCAAAAUCUGUUUGCUGAUGGUUGAUAUUGAUUUUGCUUUAAUUGAAGGCAGUUUUCAGAAAUAUUUUCCAUGUACAGUGUAUAUUUGUGGGUACAAAGUUAUGAGUAGUGAAUGAUUAUUACUAGUUUUCUACCUCUAUUUUAUAGCAGUAACAGAACUUAGUUUUUUUUUUUUAUUCUCUAAUUAUGCAUAUAUUUCAUAUUAUGCUUUUUUAAUUCUUUAAUUAUGCAUAUAUUUCAUCUUUCAUUAUACUUUAUUGAUUAUUUUUAGUUGUUUGAGAAUUUGAAUUUUGUAAUUAUGUAUUUUAAGUGGACGAAAAUUAACAUAUUACUUCAUUUUAAGUCUUGUUCCUCAGUGUGCUUUAGGAUCUUGUAUGUGGCAGACAUAUCUACAGAAUCCUGUAAGAAUAAGCAAAUUGCUAAUUUCUAUUUUCUUUCUUCUUAAAGUGUGUACUGUAAACAUUAAGAUUUAUAGGAAAUGAUUUAAUAACUUAAAUGUCUACUUUUUAAUUCAUCAGGUAUGUUACAGUGCAUCCUAUGGACUCCCAGGAGUCCUUAUGACACCUAAGGCAGUCUGCAGCAAAUAAAAUUAGUACGGGGUAUGUAGACUGUACCGAAAGUCCAAGAAUGGUUUAAUAUGAAAUAAAAUAAUUGUGAUCCAUUUUCAUUAUUAUGAAAGUUAAAAUAAAUUAGCAACAAUUUUUACAUUCUGAGUAUAAUAAAGCAAAAUGUGUCCUUUCUUUGACAGAUAAUAGUGUAAAUGAACCAAAGAAAAAAACACAAUGUAAUUAAUAUUUAAAAUUUGUCUUCACUUCACUUAGUGCCUUCUUUUCAAUAAAACUUUGUCAAAUGAAUCAAGGAACAUUUGACAAAAGCCCAUGCUGAUAAAAAAGAUACAUGUAACAUUUUUUUACAAAACAAAGAAUAAUAUUUGAAAACACUAUAGUGACCAAAUCUGAGUAAGAUGACAAUGCACUGCAUGUUUCUUUAACAUUUCCUUACUGCGUGUAAAAUCAGAAAGCCACACAUCAUUGGUUAAGAACUUAUUUUACCAGCUGUAAAUGAGGUAAUAUACACUGUGCUGCAUAAAUCAACUUUCGAAGAAUUCCACUGUGCAAUAAUUUAGUACAAAGAAGGAUUCAUGAAAUGGUUCAAGAUAAGAAAAUUCUUUAUGGGAGUUCUUAAAAACAUCAGAAUUUUUUAUUCUGGUUGGCAAGUCAACUUGCCAGGAAGCAAAGCUUUACUUAUGUGAGAUUUGAUAUAUAAAAAAAAAUAAAAAUUUUCCAAGAACUGUUAUUUUUCAAGUUUUUGGAUAUGAAAGAUGACAAAUUAAAAAAAAAAAAAAAAUCUUUUGAAUGUGUCCUUAACUAAUAGCCAAUCCAUUGUUACUGAUGAUGCUCCAGUAUUGUGAGGACCACAGUGAGGUUUUCUGGCACACUUAACACUAGCUGUACCAAAUGCAUUAUCUGUUCAUACAUCGACAACAAUUAGUUGCCAAAAAUCUUAGUGAACACUUGCAUGACUCACUAGAUUAUGUCAUUAGAGUAGUUAGUAAAAUCAGAAGGAAUGCCUUAACUCUUUCGCAUCGAGAGACGACCAAAUCUGUUUUCAACAACAUCGAAAACGCCCGUGUUUACGAAUUUGUCUUGGAAUAGUUUUCCUUUCCCCCCUUUUGCGGUUUC